AUUUAAAAUAUGAAUGCAUAUAAUUGUAAAAUUUACGGGUAUAGCAUGAAACAAAACCAAAUAAACAUGAACAUAGCAUAGAAUAUGAAUGCAUAUAAUUGUAAAAUUUACGGGUAUAGCAUGAAACAAAACCAAAUAAACAUGAACAUAGCAUAGAAGAGACCCAAAAAGUUAUACACAUUACCUACAUAGAUAUUUCAUAGAUAUUUGACUACAUAAUUCAAUGUGCACAUUUUGUGCACAUAGAGGCGCUGAUGGAUGAAAACAUCUAAAACGACGCGAUGACUUUUGUCACCGCUCUCAGGCUCAGGUUCCUCUCUGAUCUAAUAUAUAGGAUUUGUAUACAUCGUAUAUACCGCGAUGAGACACGGAGCAAUCGGGGCAAUGACCAGUAAUGAGUCGUAAUGACCAGUAGUGAUGGCCGGUGAAUCUCGCGUACGUAAAACAUAAAUAUCAAGGGUAUGCGGUGAUCUUAGGAGUUACGACAGAAAUGACAGCACACGUCCGCAGAACAAAUCUUUCGCGAGUCGUCGUCGCACUACUUCUGGGUACGCAUUGCGUGCAGGUCUGCUUAGGAGUUGAGGCCGAGAUCGAUCUCGACGUGGAGGGAAACGGGUUUCAUAGGACGUUGAACUAUCGCGUACGCUUCAAGAAUCUCACCCAAGACGGCUGUCAAGCUGCCAUUUACUUGGAAUUGCCGUCGGCAUUGUACGUCAAUACGGACGAAAUAGCAGAGCUGAGGAGACGAGAAACGAGCACAAUAUGCUCCGUCGGCGAGACCGAUGUCGAGCUAGUCGCAGAAAAGGCAGGUUGUCAGAAUGUGACGACUUGCACAUCCGUAAGCUCAUCAUUCUCCUGCAGCUUGACAAUUCCAAUUCACCAACGCUACCGAUACGCACGCGAAACCGGCGGCUACGUCAACGUUACUCUGCCGUUGGCGAGGCUACUGCUGGGAUGCCAGCAGCGGAUCCGAGACCACAGAGUAUCGAAGAUCGACCUAUGUGAGCCAUGUGUCGGCUUGAUGGCUAAGUGGCGUGAAAUUCCGUAUCGCAUGUUGAACGAUCACGACUACGUUUGGCCUAUACCGGUCGGUGACUCUUCCCUCUCGCUCCUCGUUACCUGCGCCACACUGCUGACGACGAUCGUUGGCGCGAUAUUCAUCGGGCAUGCUAUUUGGACCAACGCGACCUCGCAGAGUCAUCCAAAGGAAGACUGAGGUAGCCCAGAUUUCGAAAUAGGGGCAAUACGUUUUUGUACAAUUACAUCAGGCUUUGAUCGACAAAUAUUUUAGGCAGAUUUGAUACCUGUCGACUCUUUUUGUAUGAGACAUAGAAUUAAGCAGCUCGCCAGUCUAUUUAGCACAUCUUUCUAUUUAAAUAAGGUCAAAUAAUCUUGUUAUUACAUGAAAUGCGAAUUUAUUUAAAUUAAGCUAAAUUCUAUGCUCUUCAAUACGAGUUGCGAUACAUUUCCAUGACCGCAGAAUCCAAAAUUGAAAUUAAUUACAGGAAUUGAUUCCUCAGCUUCCUAUCUUGAAGCAAAAUUAAAAAGAAACGGCUUCGACACGUUCUAUGUAUGCAAUUACAUACAUAAUCGAAUUAUGUAUAUAUUCGAGCGAUAUUUACACUCAGUUUCUAGUCAAGGCGUUUUGUAUUUUGUACACACGCUUUCGAGAUAACAUUAAUAUUCUAAGUCAUUCAGAAGUUUGUCACCAUACAAACUACACAUCCACACAGAUAACUAAACAAAUAAUUUGUAAAAUAAAAUAUAAAAAAAA